AUGGCUGGCACGUUAAGUUUGUAUGCUAUUGUAAGUGGCACGCUAAUUACGGGAGCAGCCAACUCCCUUUUGACGAAAUAUCAAGAUAAUCAAUGUGUCAAGCACUGUUCGUCACUUGACGAUCCCACCUUGCGUCAAAAUUUCAACCAACCAGUGAUACAAACCUUGCAGAUGUUCCUUGGUGAAUUCGCUAUGCUCUUUGUCUACUUGAUAUAUCGGUACUAUAAUAACGUGGAAAAAUUAGCUUUACAAGCAAGCGUUGAAAAUGACGCAGCUGUCAAAACCAAUGAUGGGAAAAUAGGAUUAUUUCAAAAUUGGAGAUUGGCAAUUCCGGCAAUUUGUGACUUGAGUUGCACAACCUUGUUAAAUGUGGGGUUGAUAUAUACUCCGGUAUCCAUAUACCAAAUGACUAGAGGUUCCGUGGUAUUGUUUGUUGCUGUGCUUUCUGUGAUAUUCCUCAAGAGGAAAAUCACUAAAUUGCAAUGGGCGAGCUUAGCUUUUGUUAGUCUCGGUGUCGCCAUUGUUGGGCUAAGCGGGUCAAGAAACAGUGGCAAUACCAGCGAUGGAAAAUCUGUUUCUGCUUUAUCUGCCGCCAACACCACCACCACCACCACUUCUGCGGCAGGUUUGCUUAUAUUUGGAAUUAUCUUAAUUGUUCUUGCCACAUCGUUGCAGGGUAUUCAAUUCGUUGUUGAAGAGCAUAUACUUGCUAAAAAUCCAAUUAUGCCACUUCAACUAGUCUAUAUUGAAGGGUUUUUUGGAGUAGUUACGAUUUUUGUAUUUAUGAUUAUUUUCAACUAUAUAUUCAGCUGGCUUGACACUCCUGCUGAGUUUGGCGAUUCUCAAUUCAACAUGAUAGAAGCAUUUAGACAAGUUUUAACUAAUAGAACAGUAUUGAUAUCAUCAAUACUCAUUAUGAUUUCAAUUGCAGGUUUCAAUUAUUGCGGAUUGUCCAUUACUCAUCGAAUUUCUGCCACGGCCAGAUCUACUGUUGAUACAUGCAGAACAUUGAUUGUUUGGAUUGUGGCUUUAAUAAUGCAAUGGGAACGGUUUUAUUUUUUGCAGUUAAUGGGGUUUGUAGUGUUGGUAUUUGGAACACUAUGUUUUAAUGGUGUACUCACUGCUGAGAAUUGGAAGUUUGUUCCUAAUUGGUUGAAAGAAAAAGAUAACGAUUUUGCAGAGAUCAGUGCUACUGCUGAGGAAACACGAACUUUGAUUGAAGAGUUUGAGGAGUUUGAAAAUAGAACAUGA